GCUUUCUCUCCCCGUUCCCCACCUCUCUCCGCAGAUGCCGCCGUCGCACCCCUCGCCGCCGCACGCGCACGCGCACAGGCCGGCGCUCCGGCCGGGCAGCCUGCAGCGGCUGCUCCGCCCGCCGGACCCCUCCGACACCGACGACGCCCCCACGCCGCGCUCCUCCCGCUCCGGCGGCGCGCUGCUUCAGGUCACCAACAUCACCCCCGCCCUCUCCGGCGCCGACCCCUUCUCGGGCCACCAGGGCUUCUUCCUCCGCCUCUCCGACUCCGCCCGCUCCUGCUACGUCUCCCUCCACGCCGACCACGACGACCUAAUCCUCGCCAACGGCCUCCACAUUGGGCAGCUCAUCGAGGUCGACCGCCUCGUCCCUUCCGUCCCGGCCCCCGUGCUCCGCCACUUCCGCGUCCUCCCCGGCCGGUACCCCUGCAUCCAGACGCACGACUCCACCGACGAAGACGCCGACGCCGCGGCGGCAUCCUCUGGCCGCGCCGAGGUCAAGGACAAGGAGGUCGUCUCCGAGCGCGAGCGCCGCCCGUCGCCGACGCCUCCCCUCCCGGAGAGGCGCGCGCGCCAGCCGGGCUCCCCUGCCGCGCUGAGCUACGCCCACAGGUCGCGGUCGAGUACGAAUCUGUCGGAAGCGUGCGCGAAGAGGAGCGAGGGGGAUCGGAGGGGCGCCGACUUCCUGAAGAAGGUCAGGAAGAUCAACGUCGCGUCCAUCGAUGGCAACAGCAGCGACGUUGACGAUGAUGACGACGAGUCGGACGUGUCGUCGUCGCUGUCCUCCGCGAGGAGGAACUGGGAUUUCACCGGCGGCGUCAAGGACAUGAGGCCCGUCGCUCCGCGGAGUUGCAGCAACAGUAUUUCACCAAAGAAAUCCCGCCCGAAUUCCAUGACGAAUCUGAACGGCGCGGCAAAUGAUCCGAUGGAGUCGGUGAGGAGGAAAGCGGAGAAGGCGUUCCAGGUGCUCUCCAAGAGGAACAGCACGCACGCGUCAAGCAGGACGCCCAGAGAGAGCUCCAGCGCGGCAGCGACGCCGCCGAGCGCGUCGUCGAGCGGCAUUAGGUGGUGCGAGGACAAUGUGAUGUGGAGCUCGCUCUCAUCGAGCAUGAUCAGGCAUGGGAAGGAAGCAGUCAAGCAGAGAAACAUGGCAUUGCAGGCCGUGCUUGAUGGGUUGCUAGAGGCGUCCACCACCGAGAAAUUGAUAAAAUGCCUGAGUACAUACUCUGAACUACAAUCUGACAAGGACGACGACCCGAAGGAGCUCAUCGACAGGUUUCUACGGUUCUCCCAAGAACUGGACCAUGCCAUCUUCAUUGCUCAAUCGCACACCAGACACAUCAGGCAAGCGAAAUCAGGCGGUUCGAAUUCCAGUUCAACAUCCUCCGCCUCAGCAUCAGCCAAAGCUGCCACGAAGGCCGCGCUGGAAAGGAAGCAAUCCGCCAUCUCAUGGGUCAGAGCAGCCAUCGAAGCGGACCUCUCCCCUCCCUCUAGCCACGCAAGUGUCAUCGCCGCCUCCGAGCAGGCAAAGGCGCCGCCACCCGAAUCGAAGCCCGUGACGCCACGGCUCUGCUGCUCCAAGCCCAAGUGCAGCUGCAACGGCAAGUCGUCGUCGAGGAAAACUGGGAAUGCUUCCUCCGAAGGGAACACCGCGGCCAUGGACCUGGCCGUCGCGCUGCGGUCCGAGUGCACCCGGUGGUUCCUUGGGUUCGUCGACAAGUUCCUGGACGACGUGGAGGCCGAGAGCGAGGCCGGCGGGUGCGACGCGCAGGUCGCGGGGCUCCUGCAUCAGCUGAAGAGGGUGGACGACUGGCUCAACCGCGUCGUGCGGCACGAGAGGGCGUUCCUGGUUGAUAGAGGAGGGAAGGAUGGCGUGUUCUCCGAGGAGGAGGAGAACGACGCGUGCGAGAGGGUGAGGAGGAAGAUAUAUGGGGCGCUCCUGAGGCAUGUGCAGUAUGCUGCCAUGGCGCUCGAAGGUAUGAAUAGUGUACUCUAGCCACAUACAGGAUGAACGUUUUCUUAGGAAGGUACCGUGUAGUUCGAGCGCAUACAGGGUUUAAAAUUUCUGCUAUUUCGGUGGGCAUUGAAUUUUAGUCCUUCUUCCAAUUUUUUUUGUUUGAUUACGGUUUAAGCCCAGUCUAAGAUAGCUCAGGUAACUUGCUCUAUCCUAGAGUCAAAUAUGCUAGUAGACAAAUUUGUGGUCUGCUAUAAGUUUGAUCAACUUUAGUAAAUUUCAGUGGAAUUUCAAACAUCGAAAUCCGAUAUAGUUUAUGAAAAUCCCCAAAAAAAUUUAAUUUCGGUAGGCACAAAAUCUUUUUUCAAAUACUUGUUCCCUAGGUUUGAAAUUGACUUCACUAAUCGGGUCAACAGCGAC